AUGGCUACCCUUGAAGGGUACAAAAGAGUAAAUGUUAGUUUCUUGGAUCUUACAAGUUUACCUCAAAGACGUUUUUACAAUGCCUUUGGAGGACUCUUAAACCUCAAACCUCUCGCUCUCUCCCGGAUAGCCAACCCCGCAGUAAAGCCUGGUGUUGGCUCAGCGAUGGACGCGGCCUUCGGGCUGGCGGAGCCUUUCACCAAAAUCAAAGGUGCGGAAAAAACCUGGGGCAGGUCGGGAGGAGAGGACGAGGACGAGGCGGCCCUCGUGAGGGAGAAGAGCGGCGCCUGCGAGCAGGGCGCUGGAGCCCCGGCGCUGGGAGGAGGAGGUGACCUCCUGGAGUGGUCCCUGCCUCCCGACGAGGGUGAGAAGCAGUUGCUGACACUGCAGACAGUGCAUCUGAAGGCGGAGGAGGACGACUUCCAGGGAGAGCACCAGCUCGGCGCGCAGGAGCAGGAUGGGGCGCGGGACGGGGCCGGCCUGCUGCAGCCGCUGGUGGUGGUGCGGCAGGGGUCAGGCGAUCUCCAGGACCUGCCUGCAGGCGUGGCCCUGGGCGUCCACGAAGGCGUCUGCGCGUUUUAUGACUUCGAACUGAUGCAGAUUAAUAUUUUGCAAGACAGAACGCAAGCAAAGAGUUUAGAAAACAAGUCAAUGGGGAGCCCGGUAGACAUGCUACUGAUUGAGCUUGAGAGAGAUAAAGAUGUCAUUGCACUUGAAAAUAAGGUCCUGCCACUAACUCCAUCUGAAGGGAGAGGAGAAAAGGAACUUUUCAGUGUUGGGGAAGCAAAGAGCCUGGACUGUAAAGUCAGUGCUGAUUUGUUGGUUUCGUGCAAUAAACAUAAACAGGAAUAUGCAACUCCAUCAGAACAAACUGUUACCAAAAAUCCCAAGUCUCUAAAAUCUCAUGCUUCAUGUCAGAAAAAAGCAAUUUUCAGCUGUGAUUUGUGUGCGUUCACCUCACUCAGAAUAUCAAGUCUUAACCGCCACGUGAAAACACAUUCUGAUGAAAAACCUCAUGUGUGUCACCUCUGCCUUAAGGCUUUUCGUACAGCUACUCUCCUGCGUAACCAUGUGAAUGCACAUACAGGGACCAGACCAUAUAAAUGCAGUGAUUGUGAUAUGGCAUUUGUGACCAGUGGUGAGCUUGCACGACAUAGACGUUACAAGCAUACUUUAGAAAAACCUUUCAAGUGUUCAAUAUGUAAAUAUUCUAGUGUAGAAGCAAGCAAACUGAAGCGACAUAUUCGCUCACAUACAGGAGAGCGUCCUUAUGCCUGUUACCUUUGCAGUUAUGCUAGCAAAGACACAUAUAAACUGAAAAGACACAUGAUAACUCAUUCAGGUGAAAAACCGUAUGAAUGUUACGUUUGCCAGGCCAGAUUCACUCAAAGUGGUACCAUGAAAAUACAUAUAUUACAAAAGCAUGGUGAAAAUGUGCCAAAAUACCAGUGUCCACAUUGUAGUACAUUUAUUGCAAGAAAAAGUGAUUUGGGUGUCCACUUGCGAAAUCUGCAUUCCUACAUGGCAGUGGCAAUUAAAUGCAGUUACUGUGAAGCUGUUUUUCAUGAACGCUAUGCUUUUACUCAGCACAAGAAGACUCACAGAAAUGAAAAAAGAUUCAAAUGCGAUCAGUGCAGCUAUGCAUGCAAGCAGGAACGGCACUUAAUUGUACAUAAACGAACCCAUACUGGUGAGAAGCCCUUUACUUGCUUGUGCUGCAGCAAAAGCUUUCGACGAAAGCAGCUUCUCACUGUUCACUGUAGGAAGCACCAUGAUUCCAAUUUUAAACCUCCAGUUUAUAAAUGCCCUAAAUGUGGUAAAGGCUAUUCACGCUGGAGUAAUAUGCAUAAGCAUGCUGAAAAUUGUGGAUUGGUGAGGGCAAAAGCUGUUACAUCCAGAAAAAGAAGCAAGGGCAAAAAGAAAAAACGUGAGAACCUAAAGCGUGUUAAGCAAGAAGUUGAUCCAGAAUUCUUCCAAGAUGUCUCUACUGUGAAUAAUGAACAUUGUGCAAGUGAGAUUGUUCCUGUUUUAGAUGGAGUAGAAACAGCAGCUCCAAGCGAACAGAAAACAGAAAUGACAUGUGAAAUGCUUCUCAAUGGGAUGGACAAAUAA